AUGCAACCUGUGCUACGGCAUUCCGCAUCAUGCAGAGCAACACCGAGGAAGGCAACGCGCCGACGCCGCUGCGCACCUCGCUCAGGCGUCACCGUGCGCGCACAUCGCCGUACAGCAUGGACAGAAGUACGCCACAAGAGAGAAGCCCAUCUCAAGACCGGGAACAACGCUCAACGAGCGAGGAAGACCGUCCUGAAGCGGGUCAAGCAGGUACUUCCGCUGGUCCGAGCUGCAGCCAUUUCUUCCCCUGGAGCUGGGCCAGAAGCUAUGGGAGAUGCUCCUGCAGAAAACAUGAUAACAAGUGCAGUUUCUACAGCCAGACCAGCAGCUACAACACCUCAUCCAGGCACUUUGCAGACGAACCAAGCCUCAACUGGUGCUCAACCUAUUCUAGCAGGUCCUGACGACCUUUUCGAGUUAAUUGUUCGUCCUCUCGUAAAGCAAUCAGUCCGCCAGCGUGAUAGGUCCGGUGAGGUUUACCGGCAUGACGUGUUCACGGGGAAUUCUUUCAACAGCAUCAUGGAGGCUAUCUGGGAGAAAUAUCCACCUAUUGUGAAACAUCGCGCCGUUAAAAUGAACGGUGUAUGGAGUGUCGAGACUCCUGAUAUCGCAGCAUGA